AUGGCCCCAUGCAUAGCAUGCGGCUCAUCGCUGUCCGCAGCUAUGAAGGGCGGUGUCGGAAGCGGCCUCAAGAGCGGUAUUUCUUUUGGAGGUCGCCGUCGGCGACGCGACCUACUUAACAAUGGCAUCAUCCGCAGAAAAAGAGGAUUUCAUGGCACUUCUGUCGAGGAUUCAACCCCGAUUGGACCUCACAACUCCUCCCCGGACCGGCUCAGCUCAAAUAAUGCAGGUGCAGCCAGUCUGUUGAAGAUUCUUCAAAGUAGCCAGGUGGAUGGUGCUGCGGCUGUUACGCCUGUGGCACCACUGGAGUCCAGAUCUGAGAACAAGCUGCUUGAUUUGCUUAAUCGCCCCAAGCCGGAAAAAGUUGAUUCAAAAUUGGAUACCAAUCCUCUCACUCGUGGUGUAAAUUCCUCCAAAGCCCCAUCGGUCAUUCCGGAAGAUUCAAUUCACCCCCAAGAAUCUUCAGGGUCCAUUCAUGUUUCCCUCCAGGGGUCUGUGAAGCUGGAAACGGCUACACCCUCUUUGAAAAAGCAGUCUUUUGAACACAUACAUCCAUCCAGACAAGCAUCUGGCAAUGAUUCGAUAUUUACAUAUGAGAAUCCAUUUGAUCAGCUUGCCGCCUCGCAAAAUGUGUACAAAGCCGCACUGACCAAGGAAGAACCACCGUACAUCGCCCGUCUGCCUGAAGUGUCCCAAAAUUCGACCCAGCCUGAUCACGCCGUAAAGGUAGAGGUAGAGCCUGCUUCUCCCGUUGGGAAGUCGACUGAUAAUGACGAUACAAACUUCACGCACCCAAUUGAUGGGAUAGCGGACGUUAGUGAAGCUCUGGCCCACAACAGCUGGGAAAGUGCCGCAGAUAGUGUGGAAAACACACGCAUUGUACCUGUCCUAGAGUUUCCCCUGAAUCCGUUCAUAUCGAUCACGAUCAAAGCGCAAGCUAAAUAUAUUGCUACUUUCCGUGACGAUGGCAUAAUGGACAUUGCUCGUCUGAAGAAAGACUUCGACCAGCUUGACCGAUCAUUGACCGCCGCAACUCACGAGUACAUAGUUUACGCGCUUGCGAAGCCGGGUGGAAUGAGAAUCAUUCGACAAGACGAUGGAAGUGAUCGACAGGUCUUCCGGUCCACUCGGGACAGAAUUUUUAAUGUUGCCCUCUGUACAUCUCGGAACCACGAUUCACACGCGAUUCUGGGUAUCGGCAUUAGCGGCUCUGUGUAUUGGGCCUUGGUAGACGGAGGGCAGGGUAAGGAUUUGUUUGAGUCCGAUGCUCUCGAGACAGAAAGCCUCGUUUUUCCGCCUUUCCCAGCUUCAGAUGAAAAUACUUCAGGUGGCCAGCUGAAAACGCGGGCCAAACGAAGCAGUUGUCAUCCUGAUAUGAUCGCCAUUAGCCGGGGUAAAAACAUCUACGUUAUCUCCCCUCAGGCUGCCAUGAGUACGGAAUAUGGCGUGACUGCUUCCGAGCGUACAGUAAUGACUGAAAAGUUCUUCAAAGAGCAUGCUCUGAAGAUCUCCACAGGUAAAGCAGGAAAAGAUUUUAUCUUCAGUGCCGAUGACACUGUCAUUGCUUCCCUCGACAAGACUGGUCGACUGCGAUUUUGGGACAUUCAAGGUUUCCAGGAGAACCCAUCUCAAGCCAAUAUAUUCAAAGGGCACGAUAUCAAGAUUUCAUUGAAUACCUUCGUGACUGGUUCCCCUUCAGAAAAGUCAUGGCCUACUUCGGUUCUGUUCUUGGACCGGUUGCGCGCCUACAGUCGAGGAUUUGCUCUUCGAUAUGUCUUGGUCGGCCUCAAGCAGAAUCACACCUUGCAGCUCUGGGAUAUUGGGCUAGGCAAGGUUGUGGAGGAAUUGAAGUUCCCUCACGACAAUGAGUCCGAUGCAAUCUGCAGUGUCUCCUACCAUGCUCCGUCCGGUAUCAUUGUUGUUGGUCACCCGACUCGCAACUCAAUAUAUUUUGUUCACUUGUCUGUGCCUCAAUACAACCUGCCUGCCAUGUCUCAGGCGGAAUACAUUGUUGCUGCUGCAGAGAAAAAGCACAAUGUGCCCACGCCUGACGCUACUGCGUGCUUGAGCGGCCUUCGGGAGAUUUCGUUCGGCUCCAAGGGCGAACUGCGCAGCGUGGAGCUCCUCCCGCUCACGAAGUCGACAGCUGACAAGCGAAGCACCAAAGAUGCUGGCUUGUUCGAGCUAUACGUGAUGCAUUCGCAUGGCGUCACUUGCCUGAACAUCAAGAAGGAGGACCUGGGGUGGAAUUCUGAUAACCAGGUCAUUCGUUCUAUUGAUGCAGUCAGUGAAGGCAUCGCUGAAACCGACGAUAUCUUUUCGUUUCCAAGCGAUAGCGAACCCUCUAAAGGCGACCCUUUUAUCAAGGGUGAUGUGUCAGUUCCUAGAGUUGGGUCAUCAUCGCAUCAACAAUUGUGUGCGAAAAUUCUCAAGAAGCAUGUUGCGGAGGAAGUCGUGGAGAAACCCACGCACGUCGAUACCAUUGCAGCCUACCUGAAGAUUCCUCUUGGAAGCAAGAUUUCCCGUGAUCAGGCAGUCGAGGCCAUGGAGCACUCUCUGAAGCAUACUGUUCUGAAAGGCGAGGAAAAGGAACGUCUCCGUCUCGCUUUCGAAGAUUUGAUUGCCGUUACGACAGCUUAUUCUCAAGGCUAUGGCGUUGAGGUUGAAGGCAACGAUGUCCGUUUGCACGUAGAAAAUACUCUUGCCAAAGGUAUAUACGAGACCAUGGUUCACUAUCUGAUUCAAGUCGAAGAAAAUGGUUGGCCUCAGCCAAUUGACACCUUUGGCUCUGUCGCCAAAGAUAUUUGUGGAAAGAUUCAUCCUCAAGACAAAAUCAGAUGCGGCGAUCAGUCCUUCCGGGAUCCACUCCCGGAUUUCUAUUACCGGGGAAUUGUUGCAGCCUCGCGCUCUAUGAUUGAUUAUGCGGACUUAUUGCAAAAACAAGAACGUGUCGUCCCCCGGUACUCCUCGAGACAAUAUUUCCGCUUCCCCGCAAGAGAUUUUGCUCACAGAUUCACUAUGGAUAACAAAAAGGAGCUAGAACGUGGCCUGGUUGCGGUGUCACUAAUAGAAUUUGAACUCCGCUCUAACGCCACUGUGGAUUCUACCAGCGAUGUUGCCCACGAAGCUCCCCCAAUUGUUACUGCCGAACCUCCCCUCGAGUGUGCUAAUGAUGUUACUAGCGAUGCUAGUUCCGAUACAGCCAAUGGAGCAGCCACUUUUGGUAUUCCCAAUAGCACCUAUGUUGCCACGGAGACCUAUCUAGAGGAUCCCAACGGAGCGAACCGCAAUAUCAGCGCCGAGCCUCCCUUACAGCAUGCUACCGAUUCUGCUCGCGAGACCCUUCCCGCUGAUCUCAUGGACAUAAUUACUGGUCAGACUAGCCAGCAGGUUGUCCACGAUGUCGGAAGUCUUCUUGAGAAACGAUUCGAUAAUCUGCAUGAACGCUGGGCAGAGGAGCGUCGCGUUCAAGAUGAUGCCUCGAUCCACAAGCAGAAAGAGAUAAUUCAUCUUGUUUCCAGCACACUCUCCGACAGUGUGAUCGGUAAUAUUCGGGGCAUUCUGUCCGACGUCGUCGCAGAGCAGGUUGUUCCCGCUCUUGGAGAUCGUUUGUUUGCAACCUUCCCAGAUGAACUCCACAAUGUCUUCAAAGAUCCCACUGUCGUCAGCUCAAUUGUAGGUUUGACUGUUGAGCAAUUGAGCAGUCGCUUGAGCCCAUACAUCAAUGAGGCUUUUAAGGCCUCAAUCACUCCUAUACUCGAUAAAGCAGCUCAGGACUUCAAGGUGGCCAAUCAGAAUACUGAGUCCAAACUCGUAGAGCACCUUCAGCUCUACGAGAAACAGCGUCGCGCAGAUCAAGCCAAACUUGAGGAAAUCUUGCUUACCGUGCGGGGUCUUUCGACAACUAUGGCUGCACAGUCCCAGCAAAGUUCUCAACAAGUCACUCAGACUCGCACCAACAGCAGCGUGUCUGUUUCGAUGGGACAGCAGGCUGGCACACCUUCCCGUACUCCCCAGUAUGAUUCACUCGCUUGUGCUCCAGCUCAGGCAACUCCAGCUCUUACUCAGGACGAAACAGCUCACCUUCAUGCUGCAUCUUCUCCUGCCCUGAGUGCAGAAGAUUCUGAGAUGAAUACGAUGUAUCAUCUGGUUAAGAGUGGUCGACGCGAGGAGGCUCUUUUAAUGUAUGUUUCCGUUAUUCCUUUUAACAUUCUAUUUCCUGUUACUAAUACUUCACAGGAUGCCAACAUGCGCGAGAUGUCUGACAAGCUCCUUGGAGACCUGGAAUCUCGCAUUAAGAACCUUUACAUGGCUUUGAUUAGCGCCAACCCACAAGACCCCGUCGUCCGGUUGCUUGCGCCUAUUCGCCGUCGUCUCCAGUUUCUGAGCAGAGUUUAA